AUGAAGAAAAAGAUGAAAAAUGAAAUCAUCUCUCCUCCUACAUGCGGUGAAUCUUCAAAGAGGUCCAGAGAGCCUACUGUCGGGCUGAUUGAUGAUUAUACCGCUAGUGAUCAGGAGCUAACGAAGAGGUUGAAAGGGAAAAUGAAGCAAAACGGGGUGAAAGAUUAUUUCUUAAAGGAGAAGAGAAAAGAUGUGAUUGGUAAUAAAUCUUUGCAUCCAUUGCAAAUUGGAGCAACUUUCUAUAAGUCGAUUGAGACCUUCAAAGAGGCACAUACAGAGCAAUAUAUAUUUGAGUUGGUUAAUGGAGCUAUUGAGCAGAUAGGAGCUGAUAAAGUCAUUCAUGUUGUCAUAGAUAAUGCAACUGCAAAUAUGGUGGCGAAGGAGCUUUUAUACAGGGCGAGACUGAGGAUCUUUUGGACUAGCCAUAGACUUCUUGAGAAGAAGGGGGAGAUGAGAUAUAUGUUCUUUGAUGAAGCAUGGGUGAGAUGCAAACUUGCAAAGGUGGCUAUAGGCCAAAGGGUUAUCGAUAGUGACUACAAAUCCUCAAUGGGGUUUUUGGUGGGGAUGCUUGAAGAUAUGAAGAAAGAUAUCAUUCAAGUUUUUAAGAAGAUGGAGAAGGAUUUUAUGCCCGUGAUUGAUAUUAUAAAUGGGAAGUCCAAGGAUUUACCCAUUUCUCCCUUGCAUACGGCUUCUUAUUAG